AUGCCGCUGAACGAUGACAGGCGCCAGCCUGAGAGGGCCAAGGAUGCCGAGCAAAAGGCCUUAGCUAAAGUGAACGCGCUCGUAAUGAGUGACUUGGUCUCGAUGACCACCACAUACCCAUCAAUGGACAUGACAGCCCUUCUGGAGCACAAACUCAAGACCUAUCCUACUCUUCGGAAAGUCUUCCGCGAUGCUGCACUAAAGUCCUUGGAGUCUGCACCGAGUGACUCACAAACACCAAGCUCACCAGCCGACGUGAGAGAAGAGUACCGCAUCCCGCCAGACGCCAAAGUGAUACGUCCUUUGAAAAAGGCAGUUCUGCAGGAUUCCCCGAUGGAGACGCCGUAUGUGAACGAUAAAAUAGAAGAGAAGGAUCUGUCAACAGUCUUGGAACAACUCAACGAAUCAAUCGCCAGCAGCGAGAUCAUCUGGCAGCUAGGCUCAACCGCCGUGCUGGGCCUGACCUCGCAGCUGGUCCUGAAAACCGGGCACGGCAUCGACAUCGAUCACAUCUCCACGACGGACUACAUCAAGCAACAGGCCCCGCGCCUCCCAAUCCCAGAGAUCCACGGCAUUCUCCAGACGGCAGACGGCAACCGCACAUUCACGCUGAUGUCUCGCGUCGCCGGGAAACCGCUAGACGCAUGCUGGCCAUCCCUGGAUACCGAGGCGAAGGCGUCGGUCCGCGAGCAACUAGACGUUAUCUUCACGGACCUCAGGGCCAUACGCCCGCCUCCUUCGCCACACGAUCCCCGCGGUGUAUUACUAUUCGGCGGCGGGAAUCUGGAGUCCAGGCGCUGCAAGGACGUGAGGAGACAGGUGCGUAUUGCGGACGGACCCAUUGCCAACGAAGCCGAGUUCAACGCUUUUAUCACCCAGAGCCCGGCGCGCACGGAGAGCAGCUACAUUGCCCUCGCGCGCUCGUAUCUCACGGCUGAUCAUAAGGUCGUCAUGACGCAUGGGGAUCUGCAUCCGCGCAAUAUCAUGGUAGACUUUGAGUAUGGGCCUGUCGGGUCGGACUCGGGGUCAGAGGCUGAGGCUGACUCGGAGACGGGAUCGGCGACGGUGACGUCGCGAACUCAACGUCCCAACGUCGUUGUUACAGGCGUGAUCGAUUGGGAGAUGUGCGGCUGGUAUCCGGGGUAUUGGGAGUAUGUCAAGGCGUUGAAUACGAUUUCGGUUGGGUGUGGGUUUGAGGAUUGGGUUGCUUAUUUGCCUGGGUGUAUUGGGGUGUGGCCUCGGGAGCAUGCGGUUGAUUUGAUGUUGAGUCGGUGGCAUGGUUGA